GCCCGGCCAUGCGCCCCCCAGCCGCUCUGCUCGCGCUCGUGGCUGCGCUCCUGGCCGCGGCCCCGGCCGCCCGGGCCGAGGCCCCGCACCUGGUGCGCGUGGACGCGGCCCGCGCGCUGGGGCCCCUGCGGCCUUUCUGGAGGAGCACCGGCUUCUGCCCCCCGCUGCCGCACAGCCAGGCCGCCCGCUUCGACCUCAGCUGGGACCAGCAGCUCAACCUGGCCUACGUGGGCGCCGUCCCGCACGGUGGCAUCCAGCAGGUGCGGACCCACUGGCUGCUGGAGCUCGUCACAGCCAGGGGGUCGUUGGAGCAGGGCCUGAGCUACAACUUCACGUACCUGGACAGGUACCUGGACCUGCUCAGAGAGAACCAGCUCCUCCCAGGCUUUGAGCUGAUGGGCAGCCCCUCGGGGCGCUUCACCGACUUCGAGGACAAGCACCAGGUGAUCGGCUGGAGGGCCCUGGUCUCCCUGCUGGCCAGGAGAUACAUCGGCCGCUACGGGCUGGAGCACGUUUCUCGGUGGAACUUCGAGACGUGGAACGAGCCGGACCAUCAAGACUUUGACAACGUGUCCAUGACCACUCAAGGCUUCCUGAACUACUACGACGCCUGCUCCGAGGGGCUGCGCGCCGCCAGCCCCGCGCUGCGGCUGGGCGGCCCCGGCGACUCGUUCCUGCCGCCGCCGCGCUCCCCGCGGAGCUGGGCCCUCCUGGAACACUGCGCCCGCGGCACCAACUUCUUCACGGGCGAGCGGGGCGUGCGGCUGGACUACAUCUCCCUGCACAAGAAGGGCGCGGGCAGCUCCAUCUUCAUCCUGGAGCGGGAGGCGGCGGUCGCGAGGCAGAUCCGGCAGCUCUUCCCCGAGUUAGCCGACACGCCGGUGUACAACGACGAGGCGGACCCGCUGGUGGGCUGGGCCCUGCCGCGCCCCUGGAGGGCCGACGUCACCUACGCGGCCAUGGUGGUGAAGGUCAUCGCGCAGCACCAGAACCUGCUGGUGGCCAACGCCAGCUCCUCGGUCCACUACGCGCUGCUAAGCAACGACAACGCCUUCCUCAGCUACCACCCGCACCCCUUCUCGCAGCGCACACUCACCGCCCGCUUCCAGGUCAACAACACCCGCCCGCCGCACGUGCAGCUGCUGCGCAAGCCGGUGCUCACCGCAAUGGGGCUGCUGGCCCUGCUGGACAGACAGCAGCUCUGGGCCGAGGUGUCACAGGCCGGCGCUGUGCUGGACAGCAACCACACGGUGGGCGUCUUGGCCAGCGCCCACCGCCCCAAGGGCCCCGCCGACGCCUGGCGCGCCACGGUGCUGGUCUACUCCAGCGACGACACCCACGCCCACGCCAACCGCAGCAUCCCCGUGACACUGCGCCUGCGCGGGGUGCCCCCUGGCCCCGGCCUGGUCUAUGUCACGCGCUACCUGGACAACCAGUUCUGCAGCCCCCACGGCGAGUGGCAGCGCCUGGGCCGCCCGGUCUUCCCCACAGCCGAGCAGUUCCGGCGUAUGCGCGCCGCCGAGGACCCAGUGGUCACAGCGCCGCGCGCCCUCCCCGUCGGCGGACGCCUGACGCUCCGCCAGGAGCUCGCGCUGCCCGCGCUGCUGCUGGUGCACGUGUGCGCGCGUCCCGAGGUCCCACCCGGCCAGGUCACCCGGCUCCGCGCUCUGCCCCUGACCCGUGGUCAGCUGGCUCUGGUCUGGUCGGACGAACGUGUGGGCUCCAAGUGCCUGUGGACUUACGAGGUCCAGUUCUCCCGGGACGGUGAGGUGUACACAGCGGUCAGCAGGACGCCAUCGACCUUUAACCUCUUCGUGUUCAGCCCAGACACAGCUGUUGUCUCCGGCCUGUACCGAGUUCGAGCAGUGGACUACUGGGCCCGGACAGGCCCCUUCUCCGACCCUGUGCUGUACCUAGAGGCCCCACCUCGUGAUGGCCCGGGCGCCUAGUGACCCCAAGCCUGUGCCGCCCACUGAGGCAGGGAGCCAGGGCCCAGGCUGCACUGCACACACUGUGGUUCCCAUCCCCAACCCCGCCUUAAAGUGCCUUUCCACA